UAGGGGCGGGGGUAGGAAAUAGCUCUCAGGAGCGGCAUCCUGCCUAUACUAGAGGUGGAGGAGGAGUGGGCAGAAGAGGCUGCAGGCAGAGGGGGCAGAGGAGGCUGUAGCAGAAAAGAAACUAUCAGAGCCGGUUCGGCUUUAGCGUGUGGUGAAGGGUACUUUUCAUGGUGCAUGGAAGGAAAGCCAAUGCGCAGGUGUACCAACAUUCGACCAGGAGAGACUGGAAUGGAUGUAACAAGCCGCUGUACCCUUGGAGACCCCAACAAACUGCCAGAAGGGGUUCCCCAACCUGCCCGCAUGCCCUAUAUCUCAGACAAGCACCCUCGACAAACCUUGGAAGUUAUUAACCUUCUGAGAAAGCACCGGGAGCUAUGUGACGUAGUGCUAGUUGUGGGCGCUAAGAAGAUAUAUGCUCAUCGUGUCAUUUUGUCAGCCUGCAGUCCCUACUUUAGAGCUAUGUUUACAGGAGAAUUGGCAGAGAGCCGUCAGACAGAAGUAGUGAUCCGAGACAUAGAUGAGAGGGCUAUGGAACUCCUAAUUGACUUUGCAUAUACCUCCCAGAUAACUGUGGAAGAGGGCAAUGUUCAGACCCUUCUGCCAGCUGCUUGUCUCCUCCAGUUGGCAGAAAUACAGGAAGCCUGUUGCGAAUUCUUAAAGAGACAAUUGGAUCCUUCUAACUGCCUGGGCAUUCGGGCUUUUGCUGACACACAUUCAUGUCGCGAGUUACUAAGGAUAGCAGAUAAAUUCACUCAACAUAACUUUCAAGAGGUGAUGGAAAGUGAAGAGUUCAUGUUGCUUCCAGCCAAUCAACUCAUUGAUAUAAUAUCUAGUGAUGAGCUAAAUGUUCGCAGUGAAGAACAAGUGUUCAAUGCAGUGAUGGCCUGGGUCAAAUACAGUAUUCAAGAAAGACGUCCUCAGUUACCCCAGGUGCUGCAGCAUGUUCGUCUGCCUCUGCUUAGUCCCAAGUUCCUUGUGGGUACAGUAGGCUCUGAUCCCCUCAUCAAAAGUGAUGAAGAAUGCAGAGACUUGGUAGAUGAGGCUAAAAACUAUCUCCUAUUGCCUCAAGAACGGCCCCUAAUGCAGGGACCAAGGACAAGACCACGGAAACCUAUCCGAUGUGGAGAAGUGCUCUUUGCAGUUGGUGGUUGGUGCAGUGGAGAUGCUAUUUCCAGCGUCGAACGAUAUGAUCCUCAAACCAACGAAUGGCGAAUGGUAGCUUCAAUGAGCAAAAGGCGAUGUGGAGUUGGGGUUAGUGUUCUUGAUGACCUAUUAUAUGCAGUAGGAGGCCAUGAUGGAUCCUCUUACCUCAAUAGUGUUGAAAGAUAUGACCCCAAAACAAACCAGUGGAGUAGUGAUGUGGCCCCUACAAGCACCUGCAGAACAAGUGUUGGUGUGGCAGUGCUUGGAGGCUUUCUCUAUGCUGUAGGUGGCCAGGAUGGUGUGUCUUGCCUCAAUAUUGUUGAGAGACUCCAUGCAGGCUCCUGUGGAAAACUGUGUGGCAGUUCCUCAGAAAGGUAUGAUCCAAAGGAGAACAAGUGGACCCGAGUGGCUUCUAUGAGUACCAGACGACUAGGUGUGGCAGUGGCUGUGUUAGGAGGGUUUUUAUAUGCUGUAGGUGGCUCUGAUGGGACAUCUCCGCUCAACACAGUGGAACGCUACAAUCCUCAGGAAAACAGAUGGCACACCAUAGCCCCAAUGGGGACCCGGAGGAAACACCUAGGCUGUGCGGUGUAUCAGGAUAUGAUCUAUGCUGUAGGAGGUAGAGAUGACACUACAGAGCUUAGCAGUGCUGAGAGAUACAACCCCAGAACCAACCAGUGGUCUCCGGUGGUGGCUAUGACAUCCCGCCGUAGUGGAGUUGGCCUGGCAGUGGUGAAUGGACAGCUUAUGGCAGUGGGAGGUUUUGAUGGUACAACAUACUUGAAGACCAUUGAAGUUUUUGAUCCUGAUGCCAAUACAUGGAGGUUAUAUGGCGGGAUGAAUUACCGUCGGCUAGGGGGUGGCGUAGGAGUUAUUAAAAUGACACAUUGUGAGUCCCAUAUAUGGUAAAAUUUAGAAGACAGUCAUGAAUAUGCUCCUCUGUAUUCUGGAGAGCUUUGACUUUGGAGCUUUGUACAGCUCAAGAAAACAUUAGAACAAAUGUUAUUGUUUGCCGCUCCCUCAACAUAUGGAAAUACAAAUCCAACAAAAGUACUUCACCUCCAGGAUGCCACUUUGCACAAAAAUUUUUAAUUCUGUGCAGAAGAAUAUUUAUUUUUGGUUUUAAUUUAUCAUGUAUUUUUUGUACUUAUCUUUCCUCCCACCAAAAAAGAAAAAAAAAGAAGAAAAAAAAAAAGUCUAAAAUUCCAAGCAGCAAAGCUUUAUUUUUAAGGUAUUGGUUAAGUCUGAAAAUACUGAUAAGGGGAGAAGGGCUAUGUGUGAUCUGCAUUAUUUCUAGGCACUCCACUCACAUGACUCCACUACUUAUAAGGACUACCAGUGACAAAGAUAAGUAUGCAAAAUGUAUUAGCUAGCCAUUAUUCUUGCACUAAAGCACCAGAGGACUUGAAAAUCUUAAAUUAAAAAAAAAAGGAAACAUUUCAAAUAGUACAUU